AUGGCAUGGCUUAUUUGUUUCUGUGUAUUUGCUGCAGCAAUCAUAGUGGCCAUUUAUCUGAGGAAAAUCCAUAGCUUUCUGGUAGAUGAGAGAGCUCCUCCAAACCUUCCAUCUCUCCCAAUCAUUGGGAGUCUUCUGAGCCUAAGGAGUGACAGCGCACCGCAUAUUUUCUUUCAGCAACUGCAAAAGAAAUAUGGAGAUAUUUAUUCGCUUAUGAUGGGCUCUCAUAAAGUUAUCAUCGUCAACAGCUAUCACCAUGCAAAAGACGUCCUGCUUAAAAAAGGGAAAAUAUUUGCAGGAAGACCACGCACUGUUACUACAGACAUUUUAACACGAGAUGGGAAAGACAUAGCAUUUGCUGACUAUAGUGCUACAUGGAAGUUUCAUCGAAAAAUUGUGCACGGAGCCCUGUGCAUGUUUGGAGAGGGAACUGCAUCUAUCGAGAAAAUAAUUUGCAGAGAGGCGAGCUCUAUGUGUGAAAUCCUCACUACCCUGCAGAACUCUGCAGUAGACUUAUCCCCAGAGCUGACCCGUGCUGUUACAAACGUAGUAUGUACCCUCUGCUUUAGCUCCUCAUAUAAACGUGGAGAUCCUGAGUUUGAAGCUAUGCUCCAGUACAGCCAAGGAAUUGUGGACACAGUUGCCAAGGAUAGUUUGGUAGAUAUCUUUCCUUGGCUCCAGCUCUUUCCAAACGAAGACCUCAGAAUUCUAAGGCGUUGUGUCUCCAUUAGAGACAAACUCCUUCAGAAGAAAUAUGAUGAACACAAGGAGGAAUUUAGUGAUAACAUCCAGCGAGAUCUGUUGGAUGCCCUACUGCGUGCCAAACACAGCUCUGAGAAUAACAACACCAGCACCCAGGAUGUCAGUCUUUCUGAUGAUCAUCUACUUAUGACUGUCGGGGAUAUUUUUGGUGCUGGUGUGGAGACUACAACCACUGUACUGAAGUGGUCCAUUCUUUAUCUUGUUCAUCAUCCACAGGUUCAAAUAAAGAUUCAAGAGGAGUUGGACACUAAGAUUGGGAAGGACAGACACCCCCAGAUUAAUGACCGAGGAAAUCUUCCCUACUUGGAAGCCACAAUCAGAGAGGUGCUUAGAAUCCAGCCAGUCUCGCCACUUCUCAUCCCUCACGUCGCGCUCUCAGAUGCAAAUAUAGGAGAAUACACUGUACAGAAAGGGACAAGAGUCAUCAUCAAUCUGUGGUCUUUGCACCAUGAUGAAAAAGAGUGGAAAAACCCAGAACUCUUUAAACCAGAACGUUUCCUGAAUGAGGAAGGCAACAGUCUGUCCUGCCCAUCACUCAGUUAUCUACCAUUUGGUGCUGGAGUGCGUGUGUGUCUUGGUGAGGCUCUGGCCAAAUUGGAGCUAUUCCUCUUCAUGUCAUGGAUUCUGCAAAGGUUCACUCUGGAGGUGCCCGCUGGUCAGCCUCUGCCUGAGCUAAAGGGAAAAUUCGGAGUUGUUCUUCAACCCCAGAGGUAUAAAGUCAUUGCAAGGCUCAGGACAGGCUGGGAAAAGCAGCUACAGAAACAAGAGUCAGGCUAAGAUGUACAUUUUUCUUUUUUAUACUCAUACGCUAGUAGUAGUAAAAAAAAAAAAAUAAAAAAAAGAACAGAAGAGUUUUUUUUUUUCUUUAUUCUUAACCAUUGUGUUGAGUUUGCUACAUAGCAGUGGAUGUACUGUAUGGGUUGCUUUGACUUUGGGCAACAGAGACAGAAAAUAACAUUAAAAAUGUCCAGCUGUGGAACAGUAAAAACUCCACUUCUUGUGCCUGGAGUCGCUCCUAAAAGCAGGCGUGUGUAAUCAUGUACAAGUGCAAAUAAGACAUGGCAUAAUGUACAUAAUAAUAACCAAAUUUGACAAUUUAACCUCCAAUUGUUUAAUUUUUUUUCUUCAGAAAGUUGGUGUGAUUUAUGUGUCAUGUGUAUUGUUUUAUUCUUGGACAAUAUGACCAGGAAAUAAUACAUUUGCAAUACAUGCAAAAAUGAUCCUUUUCCAUGUUCAAUAGAGAAACAUGAUCAACUAUAUAACGUGAGCCAAUAUCGUGGUGU